UGCGUGCGUGAACGCCAGUUUGCGCCAGUAGAAGCGGGUAUGUCGCAGCCGAAGCAACAAGAACAACAGGAUCAAACAUUUCACCAGUGUGUCUCCAAAGUGCUCUUCAUAUCGCAAUUUUUUGGUUUACUACCGGUUAAGAAUCUACUAGCUGAUGAUGUGGAACGCGUACAAUACAACUGGUGCAGCAUACACACUUUGUAUUCCGCGUCGAUAAUUUUGCUAAAUGGCUUAGAGUUUAUGACGGUUGGAUAUUUAGUGUUCAAAGCUGGAAUAAAUUUUCAUUCCUCAGGCACAAUAUCCUUGUUUGUGAUUUGUAUGCUGGAGCAUAUUUACUUUUGGCGUUUGGCCAUAAAUUGGCCAUUCAUAAUGCGUGCAUGGCGUCGCACGGAAGAAAUAUUCCUGCGGGCACCCUAUCGUAUUUAUGCGACAUAUAAUAUGAAGACACGCGUUUACGCACUAACUUCAUUGGUUAUGUGUUGUGCAUUUGGAGAGCACGCUUUUCUUGUAUUUAAUUCAUUUCACAAAAGCAAUUUAGAACGUUUACAAUGCAAAUAUAAUGUUAGUUUCUGGGAGAGUCUCUACAGGCGAGAGCGGCCGCAUUUGAGUAAAGUGGUACCGUUCAACAUUUGGUACUUGCCUGUGAUGGAGUGGAUUAAUUUGACUUUAGCUUAUCCGAGAUCAUUUACCGAUGCCUUCAUCAUUUGCGUGAGCGUUGGAUUGGCAGCCCGUUUUCAUCAGCUACAUUUGCGAAUUGAAGCGGUGCAUGAUAAGGCCCUCCCCAUACUAUUUUGGAGCGAGGUGCGUGAACAUUUUCUCGAAUUAUUGCAACUUAUGCGUUUGGUUAACGACCACAUAGCGCCACUAAUACUACUAGCCUGCAGUAAUAAUAUGUAUUUCAUCUGCUUUCAACUUUUCAAUAGUUUUCAAAAUAUCGGCGUCGACCUGAUUGCUGUUUUCGCCUUUUGGUAUUCACUCUUUUUCGCCAUAUUUCGUACCAUUCUUACGCUUUUCAUGGCCUCCUCUGUUAAUGAUUACUGUAAACGAAUUUUGGUGACGCUGCGCAGUAUACCCAGCACAUCGUGGUGUGUUGAGGCACAACGGUUCAGUGAGCAGUUGGCCUUCGAUUUAACGGCUUGGUCUGGCUGUGGCUUUUUCUUUAUAACGCGACAACUAAUUUUAGCGAUGGCUAGCACAAUCUUUACUUAUGAGGUGAUGGUUACAGAUGUCAUCAAUAAAGGCUCCAUCCAGCAGAUAACAAAUUACUGCAACCCGAUUGAGUACGAUACAGAAUCUGUGUGAAUUCAGAAGAAUGAUGCAGGCUUGAACGUAAGGGAGGAUUGUGGGAAAAGUGACUUUUGGAAGGCGAAUGGUUGUCUUUAACAUGAAGUCUUAUUGUAUAUGUGUAUAUGUAUGGUUUUAGCCUGUUACUCAUGUUGUGGUAAAGUAAGUGACAGCGAAAAUAUUGGCAAAUAAAUUUAAAGAAUUUCAACGCUGUUUUUACCCAAAA